UACAAGUGUCUCGGAAUGCAAAUAAACGAGAUUUCAUAGGGCAGGAUGUGCCCUACGGAAUGCAUCUUUUAUGGUUGCCAUUAAACCUGUUAACUGACUUUGAUUGGCUGAACCGACAGGAUGAUGCGCACUUCGAUGGUCAAGCAGCCCUAAAUUAAAAUCGAAUUGUAGAGCCCUGAGCGCCUACGGCGGCAAUAAGGUCCGCCAAGGCCAAACGAAUUAAAAUCCAGCUACGGAUAUUUGAUUUUGGCCACCGCGGGGUACAAAACCAGCCAGUUUAUGUGACUUUCUUUUUGCAUACCCAUAUCGGCCCAUACACAAACCCACACGAGACGCGGGUCGCAGCCGCAGGCCACGGACGAACUUGAAAUCUGGAAUCACAGUGAACGCAGUGGAAAUCGGUGUAGCAUGUCAAGUGGACGAAGCGCCCGCCUGCCUCCCACGCCCACCCAAACCGCCAACAACAAACACCGGGCGGCAGCAGCAGCAGCGGCGGCGGCAGCAGCAGCCGGAGAGCCAAACAGCAACAGCAUGUUGCAAUACACCAGCAACAACAGUGGCACAGUUCCGACCACGGCGGGGGGAGCUGCCACCUCAGGCCUGGGAAUGGGCAGUGUCAUCAGUGGGAGUAUGGUGAGCAUGGGCGUGGACGUGAGGGUUGGUGGAAUGAAUAUCGGCAUGAACAGCGGCAUGGGAAUGGGCAUGGGCAUGAACCUGGGCAUGGGCAGCAACAUAUCCGGGGGCGUGGCUCCCUAUAGUCUGGGCUCAAACAUCGGCAGUACUUGCGAGACGCAGGUGGAGCAUAUUCCCGUGGAUACCAUCGAUGCUGUGGCCACAACCCAAGUGCUGGAAAAUCUCUCCGAGAAUGAGCGCAAGAUGAUCAUCGAGGUGCUGAACCGGGACGAGGCUUUGCGCCAAAGGGAUGCCACCAGAAUGAUGUAA